CUUUCAUCUGUCCGUUCUGCUUUCAUUUCCUGCACGCGAUCAUCCCGAGUUCUCAUCCCGUGUCCUUAAUAAUUAAUAAAUAAACUCAGCUCGAGAUCUCCGCGAGAAGAAGAAGAACAAGAAGGAGAAGAAGAAGAGUCGUAAUGUAACGCGUUUCGGGGUUUUUCUCUCCGCUUCCUCUCUUUCUACAGCCGGUUGCUCCGGGGGUUUUCUCUCUCUCUCUCGCCUUCCUGGUCCCGAGCCAAGCGUUCAGCUUAGUGGGAAACGUUAAGGCGUGUGUUUGUGCGAUCAAACCCCCAGACUUGGGCUUUUUCUUCCCCUCAGUGAAAGUUAUUAGUUUCUUUGCCAGCCUGAGAAAAAAAAAAAGGGCAGAUAGCCUACGUGUGUGUGUGUGUGUGUGUGUGUGUAUGCAUGUUUGUAUGUCUGUCUCUCUCUCUCUCUCUCUCUUUCUCCCACACACACACACGCACACGCACGCAAGGCCAAUUUCAAGUUCAAACCCGCCGUUGCAGGAAAAUGGCCGCGGCCGCAGCCCGGAGCUCACCGGCAUGAAGUUGAAGCCGCAGGCCGGCGGAGGCGCUCCGUCUCUGGGAGGAAUCUCAGCCCGAGCGCCGGAGCUCCGCGCGGCUCUGCGGCGCCUGUGAAGCUGCACUGCGCUACUGCACCCCCUCUUCACCCCCCCCUCUACUGUUCGCCGGUACGGGAUUAUAAACAACAAACCCACCCCACACACACACUCACACUCACUCACACACACACACACACACACUCGGCGUGUCCAUAAAACUGAAAGUGCACCUAAUAACGCCGUGUUUAGGGCUGCAGCACACAGGGCCAUGUCAGGGCCAGCUCAGCGCCAAGCAGUCAAUAAAAACACUUCACUAGCUAUACUCACACAACCGCUUCUGUUGGUGUUGUUGUUGUUGUUUUUUAAUUAUUAUUUGUUGUUGCUUUAUUUUUAGCUUCAAGUCACACUUCGACACUUACAUCCCACUUACACUCGUCUUUAAUUUGACUUCACUUUCACUCUGGCCCGAGUUCAGAGCUGAAUAAUUUUACAACACAACAAUGCACAAGCUCACAAAAGCACACUUAUUUUAUUAGUUCAUGAUCUUAGAUCAGUCUCAGCAAGGACAUUUUCGGUUUCUAUCCAGGAAGUGUGUGUGUGUGUGUGUGUGUGUGUGUGUGUGUGUCUUCCUCUUCCCCUCUGCUUAUAAUUUAAUACAUUUGUAUUAUUACCCGCCUUCUACCCGGCUAUAAACUUUAUUUUUUAUUUUUUUGUAACCUGUAACUUAAAUUGAAACUUUUCUAAAAGUACUAAAGGUCCUGUUAUUAUGUUUCCAAGAAGUUUAGAAUUUUUUUUUAUUUCUAUAUAUAGAUAUAGCCUAGCUAGAAGACUUAUUAUUAUUAUUAUUAUUAUUAUUAUUAUUAUUAUUGUAUUUUCAAAAGUAUUUAUCAUGUGUGUAGAGACAUGCACGACUUGAUGAAGUUCAGGUUCUCAGGUUAUAGAGUACUGUAGAUGCAGCGUGGUUUCCUCUCUUGUGAGCUUUAUACCCUCGUCUGAGGAGAAUAAAGAAAAGGAAAGAAAAACCCUGAUAUUAAUAACGGCUUUAACUUUGACGCACGGGUUUAUGUGCAGAAGUAGUUCUGAAUAUCUAAGCUUGAAUAUUUGAUUUCUUUGUGAAGUCAGGGGCUGGGGGGAAAAAAAAAAAAACUCACGCUGAAACCUUAAUGCGGAUUCUGUUCACUAAAAAAAAAAAAGAAAGAAAGAAAGAAAAAGAAAGAAAGAGAACCCGGAUUAGGAAUAUUAACUUUUUUUUGUUGUUUUGUACAGCUGUUUAGAUUUUUAUUUUAUUUUUUUUCCCAGGCAUAUUUACUUCUACUGUUAUAGAGCUGAAACAAGUUUUAAAAUAAAUAAAUAAGUAAAUAAAAGUUUGUGAUCUGUAGAACAGUUUAAAAAUGGAAGCCCUAAACCCCAGCGACUGAAUGAAAGAACUUUAAAUAACUGCGCUUUUACUCUAGAGCAAGUUUAAGAACUUUUUUCCCCCUGUCUAUGUUCAUAAUAAAAGUAGUCAGAGUAAAGAUACAGAGGGGGAAAUAUGUUAUGGUUUAACUUUAAGAAAUAAUUUAGCUUUAAAAAAAACAACAAAAAAAACAGCAACCCACACACACAGAUUAUAAUGUUAUUUUAAGAAAGUUGGCAAAGUUGACCAAAAAGUUUGUCCGCUUCAGUUUUUUGGCCGUUACUGCAUUUAGGGUUCUUUUAGGAACCAGUCAAGUUUCAAGAGUCGUUGCGACAACGUUUCCGAAGGCACGUUCACGCUCUUUGUGGAGUCAAACUUGGGUUCUCGGCUUCUCAAAACGGUUCCAGUUUAGGAGAAAGUCUCUGUCCCGACUUUUAAUUUUUCAUGAUUGUCUCACUUGUGGAACCCAAACAAUCUGAUAUACGGUUAUACGUAGAACCUUUAAGGGUUACCCUGUUGUUGGGUUCUCCAUAGAACCUGCGAGGGUUUCCAACCAAACCCUUAAAAAACCCUUUAGAGUAAUGUAUUUAACUUGUUUUCCCUCACAGUUAAUCACUGUCAUUUGAAAAGUCUCACUGGUGGAACCCAAAAAAAUUCCCUCGUUGUAAGGUUCUACACCUGUAAGGGUUUCUUCAGCAGGAGGACUGAAGAAACUAUAAGUCUUCUGCGUUUCUUUUGUUAAUCAUCGUCGCUUGGAUCUUCUUACCUUUAAGACUCCAUUAGUUGUAGGGUUCUAGUCUGCAUAUAGGACCUUUAAGGGUUUCCUCUGGUAGGCAACUGGUAAAUUACGAAGCGUUGAGCAUUUGACAUUUUUCCACAGUUAAUCAUCAUCAGAAUCAUUCAGAUUGUCUCGUCAGCAGAACCCAAACACCCUGUUAAAGGGCUGGACUUAGAACCUUUCAGGAUCUCAUGCAGUUUUGUAGUUUGUUGUUAAGGGGCGAGUGUGGACGCGUGCUCCCGGUGACACGCUGUGCAAGCGGGUUUGCAGUUCUGGCCAUUCCGCUCGUGGAUCCGGGGUUCAGCCCAGGGACGAGUGCUCCAUACCAGGAGCAGAGAGAGAGAGAGAGAGAGAGAGAGAGAGAGAGACAGACAGACAGAGAGAUAGAGACAGUGAGAGAGAGCGAGUAAGAGAGACAGACAGAGAGAUAGAGACAGUGAGAGAGUGAGUGAGAGAGAGACAGACAGACAGAGAGAUAGUGAGUGAGAGAGACAGACAGAGAGACAGUGAGAGACAGACAGACAGAGAGACAGUGAGUGAGAGAGACAGACAGAGAGAGAGUGAAAGAGAGAGACAGACAGCUAGACAGACAGAUAGAUAAAGCGAGAGACAGUGAGUGAGAGAGACUAUGAGAGAGACAGACAGAAAGAGACAGACAGGCAGACAGAGAGAGAGAGAAUGAGAGAGAGAAAGAGAGAGAGAAUGAGAGAGGGAAAGAGAGAGAGAGAAUGAGAGGGAGAGAGAGAGAAUGAGAGAGAAAGAGAGAGAAAGAGAAUGAGAGAGAGAGAGAGAGAGAAUGAAAGAGAGAAUGAGAGAGUGAGAGAGAGAGAAUGAGAGAGAGAGAGAGAGAGAGAAUGAAAGAGAGAAUGAGAGAGUGAGAGAGAGAGAAUGAGAGAGAGAGAGAGAGAGAGAGAAUGAGAGAGAGAGUUCGAGUUCCUGCUUCUUUAAGUUCUGCGCGUUUUUUUAAUGGGAUGGGCCAUUUUCAUAACGUCAUUUCAUUCCUCCCUCUUUUUUUUUUUCAUUUCUUCUUCUUUGAUUCUUUCUUUCUCCCUCUCCCUCUCUCUCUCUCUCCCUCCCUCCCUCCCUCCGCGUCCUCCUCCCCCGUUUCCUAAAGUGCACGAGCUCGCCCGAGCCUCCACGUUUUCGGAUCUUCUUUAGUCGGCGGUCAAAUCUCGUGCGCGGCUCCUGCGUGCUUUUUCUUUCUCUUUUUUUCUUCUUCUCUCUCUCUCUCUCUCUCUGUCUCUCUCUCUCACUCUCGCUCUCUCGCUCUCUCACUCUCUGUGCCUCCGCGAGCUUUCCAAACUUGGACUGCUUGCACCGGGAGCGCGAGAGAAGUGCGGCGGCGAUGGUGGACGCGCCGGCGCUGCUGCUGCUGCUGAAGAAGGAGAAGAUGAUGAUGAUGAUGAAGAAGAAGAUGAUGAUGAUGAUGAUUAACUGUGAAAAACCGCGCAUCUGACUGCUGGUCGCGCUUUUCUCCACUCCGAUUCGCGUUUCUCCGUUUUUCACCAUGAUGUAUUCUCCUCUGUGUCUGACUCAGGAUGAGUUCCAUCCGUUCAUCGAGGCACUGCUGCCGCACGUCCGCGCCUUCGCCUACACCUGGUUCAACCUUCAGGCGCGCAAACGCAAGUACUUCAAAAAGCACGAGAAGCGCAUGACCAAAGACGAGGAGCGCGCCGUCAAGGACGAGCUGCUGGGCGAGAAGCCCGAGGUCAAGCAGAAAUGGGCGUCUCGCCUGCUCGCCAAGCUGCGCAAGGACAUCCGACCCGAGUGCCGCGAGGACUUCGUGCUGUCCAUCACGGGCAAGAAAGCGCCGUGCUGCGUGCUCUCCAACCCCGACCAGAAGGGCAAGAUGAGAAGGAUUGACUGCCUGAGGCAGGCUGACAAGGUGUGGAGACUCGACCUGGUCAUGGUGAUCCUGUUCAAGGGAAUUCCUCUGGAAAGCACGGACGGGGAGCGCCUGGUGAAGGGGACGCAGUGCUCCAACCACAUCCUGUGUGUCCAGCCGCACCACAUCAGCGUCUCCGUCAAGGAGCUGGAUCUCUACCUGGCCUACUUCGUGCAGGAAAGAGAGGCGGCGGAGCAGGGCAGUAGUCCACGCACAGGUAUCGGCUCAGACCAAGAAGACAGUCGAGCCGCCACAAUGGAUGGGCCCGAGUUUCAGGAGAGCUUUGUCACAUCGGGAGUGUUCAACGUGACCGAACUGGUACAAGUGUCCAGAACGCCGGUGGUGACAGGAACAGGGCCGAACUUCUCUCUCGGGGAGCUGCAGGGACACCUGGCGUACGAUCUGAACCCUACAGGCGUGACCAUGAGGAGAACCCUACCCAGCACUUCCUCUAGCGGGAGUAAGAGGCAGAAGUCCAGCUCUGUGGAGGGCGACAUCGACACCAGCCCCGGGGGCGAAUACUACACCUCACCCAACUCUCCCGCUAGCAGCUCCCGAAACUGGCAGGACGAGAUGGAAGGAGGUAUCUCCCCGGUGAAGAAGACUGAGAUGGAUAGUCCAUCUCCUCAGGAGAGUUCUCCACGCCUUGGCAGCUUCACACAACACCACAGACCUGUCAUCGCGGUGCACAGCGGUCUGUGUUUUCCUGCAGGUAUCUCUCGGAGUCCGCACCCAUCGUCAUCGCUGCAUUUUUCGACGACCCCCAUCCUGCCCCAGCCCACCUCCACCUACUUUCCCCACACGGCCAUUCGCUACCCGCCCCACCUCACAUCACAAGACCCGCUCAAGGACCUGGUCACAAUGGCCUGCGACCCGUCCAAUCAACAGCCCAGCCCGCUGAAUGGCAGUGGUCAGGUGAAGGUUCCCCCCCACUACAUCUCCUCUCAGAUGCUGGCCCCCCCGCCUCCCCCGGCCCUGCCUCGCCUCACGCUGCCCCCUGACUCCAAACCCAGCAGCACCUCGCCAGACGCAGCUGCCUCCUCGCCCACCUCCCCCACAUACUCUGCUCCCGGGACACCACCUGCCAACCGCUCCUUCGUAGGAAUUGGCCCUCGAGACCCUGCGAGUCUGUAUCAGGCUCAGUCCUGGUAUCUUGGGAACUGAUUUGGACUCGGACACACCGAAGCAGGCGAGGACACGGAUUUGAGAUUCCAAUUGAUUUUUUUUUUUUUUUUUUUUUUUUUUUUUUUGUGGAAUUACGAAAAAACAAGAACAAGAUGAAAGAGGGAAAAAUUUGAUCAUAUAUGCAGUAUUUGUAUAUAUACAGCAUAUGUGUGUACGUAUCAACACAUAUGUGCACACAUAUACACGCGUAAAGCUAUAUAAAAUGCUUCAGUAAACUUUUUUUUUUGGGGGGGAAAGACAGUGAAGAACCGAAUGUCGGACGAGCUCGAACAGACUGCGGAUGCAUGAGAAGAGAAGAGAAGACAAGAGGAUGUUGUUCGGCGGCGCAGACGCACUGAACUGCAGGCCAGAGACUGAAGCAUACAGAAAAAACAUUGAGAAAAAAAACAAAAACAAAAACAAUACGCCCACUUUGCUUCCCCCUGGCUCUCGGAAACGAACGGCCCUCCUCCCCCUCCCCCUGCUACAGGUGCUGCUUCCUCAUAUAUGCAAAAUACGUAUGUUUUAUUUCCAGGGAAAGGAAGCCCUGAUGACGGACGGGGGUUUUAACGCUUUAGGACUUUCCCACGCGUUCAGAGCUGAUUGUGUCCCUCUUAUUUUUCUUUGUUUUUGUUUUUUUUUUCUCUCUCUCUUCUUCAUUUUAAACAAAUUUGAAUGUGGGCAGAGGUUUCGGGGCAAUAUGAAGGGUCGAUGACUUUCCCCUUAAUUUCCCUUCACCUAACGUACGGCUCAAAACGGCCGCUUUUCGUUCAGUUUUACUGACAAUCAUGUUUUAUGAUCAGUUCUUUUUUAAUACGUCACAUCUGUAUCGGAGAUCCACUUUUUGGUGGAUGCCUGAAUUUUUUUUUUCUUUUCUUUUCUUCUUUUUUUUUCCUUUCUUCCAAACUUUGAUGACAUGUGGUACGUCUGUGGUAUUAUAGGUCACAGUCAGUGUGUGUGAUGGGUUCACAUUACACACACAAACACACACAAGCAUAUACACACACACAUACUGACACGCCCUUACAAACAGUCUUCAGAAAUGGCACGUACUGUUAAAUACACUAAGCGUAGGGCGGGUCGAACCCGUCGGAUGAUUCCGGAGCGACGGAAGCACCUUUUUGUCUUUUCUGUGUCACACUGAAAAUGGUUUCGUGUGUGUGUGUGUGUGUGUGUGUGUGUGUGUGUGGGGUCCAUGUACGUUGCAUUCAUGCAUCGCUUGAUGCGAAAUGUAAAUGAGAAAACGACGAAAGGUUUUUUUUGUUUGGUUUUUUUGGCACACACUAAAAUAGGAAAUUCUUUUUUUUUUUUUUUCUUUUUUGCUUAAUUAUAAUCUCUUUCUAAAAAUGUGAUCGUUUUUCGCUAGUCCACCUGGAAGUACCUUCUUAUGGGAUCAGCAUACGCGGGAAAGAAAAAAAAAACCUUUUGACGAUUGAGAUAUCCGUGAAUCGCAGCGCUUAGAGAAUCCUGCUGAUUUUUUUUUUUUCUUUCACAGACCAUCAUAAAAAAAUGCGUUUUUUUUACCGCUGCCCACAUCGUGCUCCAUAUUAGCAGCACAUCAGGCACUAACGGCGACCUUUAAUCGCUAAUCUACCCUUUUACCGUAUACGUGAAUGAACGCAACGUACGUGGACGGUGUGUGUUUGUGUCCCGUGUAUAUGACGUUCGUACGCGUCUAAAGCCCAUAAAUCCAUCCUAGUGAACUACAUCGGCAGUACGAUCUCGAAUCCUGUAGAUGACAGACAGAAAAGUAGAAACGUGGAGUUAGCCUACAUAGUGACGAAGGGAAUAAGGACUCCAGUUCUGUCACUAAUAAGACAGUAUUGGGUUUAGUAUUGAAUUUUUCUUUACUCUCUCUCUUUUUGUGUAAACCGCGUCGGAAAUUACAGGCAUUGCACUACUUUUAAUAAUUCUUCGCAUCUUUCUGGCCUAUUCAUAUGAAUGCUGCAGGUAUGACUUGUUGACUCGUUUUUGGUUUUUUUUUUUAGGACAUGUAUAGUCGUGUUCUCUUUAGCAGGGUGCACGAAUAUUAGCUUCAGAGACGGUAGAACAAUCCAUCCGAUCCGACGUCCUGCUCGAGUCACGUAUCCCGACUCGGAGAACGCCGCCGCCGCCGCCACCGUGCUUCGAGGAGUUUUCCUUUCAGAAAUCCCCACGCUUUUCUUUUCUGGAUCCCUGUUCAUUUUUUACUUUUUUUUUUUUUUUCGUACACUUUCUUUUCAAAUACAAAACACACACACACACACACACACAUAUAUACCGAAUUAUCUGCAUGGGGACAGUGAGUGUAGCUAACUCUUGUCGGGAUUUCUUCAAAGCAGGCUUGUGUGCUGAGUUAAAAAGUGUUAAUGGAUGAAUAUCAGGGCUUAUGAAUCUGCUACCAAACCCAAAAUAAUGCCAGAGCCAUGAAAAGUGCCUACAACAUUGCAAGAGUUUCAGUUCAUUUGGGGUUUUAAAGCAUUAUUAUUAUUAUUAUUAUUAUUAUUAUUAUUAUUAGGGAUGCAUUGAUGGCAUUUUUCAGCCUGAAUACUAGUAUGAGCACAUGUUUUUUUCUCGGUUCUCGUCAACACCGAUACUGAUACCAAUUUGAGUAACCUACUUAAUCGAUCAGGGACGUCAUGAAACGUUCGAUUUAGCUCUGUUUACGUUUCCCCCGCGUUUAAAUAACGCCCGUAAAAGGCCCGCGUAUUCUAUGAGGCUCGUUCUUGAGCGCGUCAACUUUAGCCAGUUGAUUUGAAAUGACGCGGAUUAGCUAGCUACGUCCGUCGCAUCGGAUCGAGUAGGGUCGCGGUGGAGAAACGGUUCGGGGAAAGUGUUACCGUAAAGCGAAGUACGUUUCGUUUUCGUCGCGUCUCAGUCGGCGGUUUUCUCGCCUAGCCUAGCUAGCCUUUGAGCGUCGAUGCAUCCCUAACUAUUAUGAUCGAUCCCGGUGAGUUGUACCAAGCAGGGGCUUCCAUACAGGCUAAAUAAUCACACGUAAAUACCAUCAUCAAAGACGAAGACUAAAGCGCCGACACGCUCGGUAGUAGUGUAACCCACAUUUUCAACUUAGCCUUCAAUAGCGCUUUUUUUUUUUUUUUCUUUAAAAGAUGUUUUUACACCACAGUGAGACCCCGAUUACAUGCGACAUGAUGGCGUUCAAGGUGCUGACAUGAGAAUCUCUAUAUAUCAAUUAUAUAUAUAUAAAUAUAUAUAUAAAUGCAUGGUGCUUUCUAAAAGGAAAAAAAAAAAAGCUCAAAUGGCCACCGUAUCUUUGACAUGGGCGCAUGGCAGAUAAUCUUAGUAGAAUCUCUGAAGCUAAGCUCUUACUCGAAACUACUUAAACCUCCGAUUCCCCACAGUACAGUACAGAGCGCAUCGGGAUUGCGAACGGAUACGUUUUUUUUUUUUUUACCUUGCGAUGCCAGACAUCGGUUUUGAAUUUUAACCCCCAUCCCCGCAACAACCCUAAACCCCCACCACCCUAACCCUUUCGACUUUGCACGACGUUUUAUAUAUAACACAUUAUGUGCCUUGCCUUUAGUUAAGAACAAUAAUACAUGAUUGAGAAUUGUAAAUGAAUUUUUUUAUGUAACCGAUCGUCGCUGGAAAAGAAAAAAAAAAAAAAAAAAAGGAUUUAAAAAGAUUAUAAUAAUAACGAUUUUUGCAUGUUUGCUUGUCACUAUCUUGAUUAGGACUGAUAGAGUGCAGUAGAUUGAGACGGGUGAGACUGGCUUCCUUUCCUCCUCCCCUUGAUACGUGUUGUAGUUGUCUUUCCACUGCAUGAAAUUCUUGCUUUUUUUGUUUUGUUUUGUUUUUUAAAUAUGAUUUCACAUUUCAUUAAUUAUAUUACUUCUACUGUAGAUUAGCGACCUGCUACAGUACCCGCUCUUUCUUUCGGAUCAUCACUGACGUCCUUUUAUUCACCCGAGCCGUCGAUGUUAAUGCUUUCUUUCAUUUUUCUUUUUUUUUAACUAUAUAGAAUGAAUGUAGCUUAAAGUAUGGACUCGUGAAAAAAAAAAAGAAACAGACGGAAAAAAGUAGAAUUGUAAAGCUUAAUUUGUAAAAAUGGAAAAAUCGGGCAGAAUGGUGUUAGAGUUGUUGGUGUGUGAACCUGCUUUCGGAGAGCUGAAAACGUCAGAAUGAUGAUUUUUUUUUUUUUUCGGUGAUAAACCCAGCAUUUGGAAAAAAAAUUUUUACGUACUAGAUGACCAGAAGAUUCUAAGAUGCAUCUCAAUUCUAUCGAUUCUGCAUCGACGAACGGAACUGCAACCGUUUGAAUACAAUUUCCAAAAAAUUUGUUAACUAAAACACGUUCGGAAUGUAUUUUCCGUGAACAACUGGUUGAUGAAACAUGAAGGCGUAAACCAGUCGGUCCCUCCGGGAUUUCGCGAUCGCAGACGUGAACGCGAACUCGAGGAAACUAUUUAUAGGAUGUUCCGAGGAGAUCGCGUUUUUUCAAAAUUACCGCCGAUUUUCCGCAGAUCUGGCGCGUCACGUGACGUCAUCAUCAAAGCGCUCUUCGAAUUCACGUGCGUCGAACACGAGUUCGGCUGAAAGCUCUCGUUUACCAACAAACGUCACGGAGAACAAUUUCGCGCGAUCCCGAGUUUCGCCGUGGGGAUGGGGGGGUGGUUGGGGUUGGGGGAUUUGUACCCCUGCAAACUAUUUUAUUUAAUUUUUUUUUUAAUAAUCGAUCAUGUAUAGAAUCGAGAUGCAUCCAGAAUCGUUUUUCUAAUUGAUUCCCGGAAUCCAACUCGGUCUCAAAGUCUCCCACUCUAGAGAUAUCAGUGAAUGAACGAUGGGCAGUGUGUUAGCGUGUUUGCUAGCACUUGUAUUUAAUAUUUUACGUUCAUAACGCUACAUGACAGAUGACGGCGUACGUUUAUAAAGGCUCGUUCCAUCAAGCGUCAGCUAGCGUCCAUUUCGAUGGCGGACACUUCAGUCGCGUGACUGUUGUUUUUGUUGUUGUUAUUGUUUUUGAGAUGGUUGUGAUGUGUUGUGUUGUGUUGUAUGACUGACUUUGCGUUAAGAUCAGUGAGACUAUACACAGCUCUGAGAUUUCAGCAUCAUGGCCAUAGGCAUUCCUAAAAAUCUUAGACUCUGAAUUUUCUUUUUUUUAUGUAAGGGUCAGGAAUAGUACAUGGCAAAAAAAAAAAAAAAAAAAAAACAGAGUUUUACGGCAGCUGAUGCUGGUUAGAAAAAGCCUUUAUGAAUGUUUCCGUUAUCUCAGUUGAAGAUCGUGAAGCUUUAUGAACGUCUCCCUUAAUGGAAUGUAAUAUCCCAUGUUCCACGUGCGUAGCGCUAACUUACUGUCUGUCGUUUAGAAUGGAAUCUGGCAUGGCGGCCAUUUUAGCUUUCGGUCAUCGUAGCACUGUUAGCAUUAUUGCUAUUGAGUUAUUCCUGGUUUUGGAGGAACGUUAUGAUUUGAAUUCCUGCUUCUGAAAAUCACUCAACAUUAAGUCAGCAGUGUCUUCCAAUCUCUCUCUCUCUCUCUCUCUCUCUCUCUCUCUCUCUCUCUCUCUCUCUCUGUCUCUCUCUCUCUAUUUCUCUCUCAGUCUCUCUCUCUCUCUCUCUCUCUCUCUAUAUAUAUAUAUAUAUAUAUAUAUAUAUUUCACUCUCAGUCUCUCUGUGUCUCUCUCUCUGUCUCUCUCUCUUUCUGUCACUUGGUCUCUCUCUGUCUCUCUCUCUCUCUCUCUCACACACACACACACAGUUCUUCUAAUAAGCCUACUUCCGUUCAGAUUUCAGUGUUUAGUCCAGACCUUCGGAGCUGUGACUUGACGAGUUCCAGGUCAGUGUCUACGGCGGUUAACGUGAUGAUGUGGUUUGUUACACUACGACUUCUCUGAUUAGCGAUGAGGUCGUUCCGGCUAACGGUGUUUUGUUUUUUUUUCUCUCACACAAAUACCCAUAAAUUUAUGAAAUCAACAUUUAUGAGGGGGGGGGUUUUUUUCCGCCCCCCCACUUGUACUUGAUUUGUCCAGAAACCCUUACAUGAUGUUUUUAGAUUCUCACGAGUACUUUGGUAUUUUCUUUCUUUCUUUCUUUGUAAGGUUAGAGUGUAGGGAAAAUAAUUUAUAACUGAUUACGUGGUAGUGUACGGGGUAAGAGGAGCGCGAUGAAUAAGUAAAUGUGUUGGAUGAGUAAAGGCCAUGUUCUGGUUUGUGAUGCGGUGAAAUGUAUUGUUUCUGCGAUGCCGAUAUGCAGCUCUGGUAGCUAUUACGAUUUGCUGGUAGUUAGUUUAGAAAAAACAGAUGAACUUUUCUUUCUUUUUUUCUCCUUUUUUUUUUUUUUUUAAAAAAAAAAAAGUGGAAUUAGUAGAACAAGCGGUUUUGUUUACAUGAAGCCCGUAGUUAAGAUCUCUUUAAGAUCGCUGAUGGAGAACGAAGUACGGCUCACGCCCUGGCAGGAGAGGAGUGCUGCGAUUAAACCCAUUCCAUCAAACCCAUAUUAUACACACGCAACAAAAAGUGCUGUCAACAUUCAGCAAGCGACUUUCUUUUUAUUUAACAGAGCAGGUGAUGAGGCAGGGCUUCUGCCCACAAUGAAGAAGCGAGGCACUGUGGCUACAGCGCUAACAUCAACGCGUCACCUGUAACUACAGACACAGGGUGUGUGAAGGAUCGACGGGAAGUCUACGUUGUUGUUGUUUUUUAUUUUUUAAAGAAGAAGAAUUUCUUUUACAAUGAAAGCGAUCCUGGCUGCAAAGAAAAAAAUUUUUAAAAAGUCCCUGAGAAUCCGAGAAUCCCUGAACUAGAGUCUCGAAAAACAUCAACAACCCGUAUCAUUACGGACUGAAUGGGAGUGCUAAGCAAUACGUUGGCAUGCAUCCUAAUUUGUACAGCUCUAUGUUAAAGAAGCGGUAUGUCAUUGUUACAGCCCUCUGCUGGCUGCAGAGCAAAUUGCAACGGCAGUGGAAAAAAUUGACAGGCUAGUUCGAAUCCCGACGCUGCAGCAGUCAUCUGUGACCGGAAGACCAAGAAAACAAAAUGGCCGUGCUCUCUGGAUGGGCAGGAUGGCAUGCUCUGUCUGUCUCGUCAAUCACAGAGACACUAGCCAAUCGUAGAUGUCUGCGAGUUUGAGUAUGCGGAAGAGGGCAGAUAGCACUGCCCUGUGAUACAGAAUGAGCUUCACGUGUCUCAGAGUUAGCGAGUGCUAGCCUUCGUUCUCCUGAGUAACUACCGUGUGAUGAGGAGUGUUCGCUAGAAGGAAGGAAUGGGAGUAAAUUCAGUCAAACCCACCCCCACAUACACUAAAAAAUUACAAACUGCACCUUUAAUGUUACUAAAUGCAAUUCCACCGUUAUGCAGAGUGCGCACGGACGUGUCGUUAAAGCUGAACUCCCGAUCCACACAUCGAGCCCGGUCAGUAUUUCCCCCGGGGCAGAUGCACAUUGCCCAUCACCUGCCCUGUGAAGAUUUGCACUGCUCCAUACUCACCUAACUGAAGCCGUCGGCCCUCCAGCCAGGGUGCCGUCGCCGCCGCCGCCGCGGCCAGCAGCAAGAGCCUGUAGAGAAGCCUGCGAGCACGCCGUCUGCUCCUUUUCCCUUUCGCAUCGUUUGCAUUAUUUCUUUCUUCUUUUAUUCGUAGCGUGAAAGCUCAGACACAGACAGGACUGCUUGGCGAGACCAGAUCUGUCGUCACCGCGAGUGCGUCGUUCGUUUUUAUUUUUGUUUUAAACUGGCCACAGGCGACGGUCGACGUCUUCGAGCCGGUGCAUGUACAAAAACAAACAAACAAACAAAAAAAAACCUACAAAAAAAAAAAAAAACACGACGUUUUAUUUCAGAAAAAACCCUUGUCUAAUAUUUUUACAGAACUGAAUAAUGAAUAAUUGUUAUGCAUAUUGUUACAUUUUGAACACAUGACCUUGUGUACUAUAAAUGCUUACCAUAUAUAUCUAGUACAGUAAGGAAGAGGAAAAAAAAAAAAUGUACAGAAAAUUUUGUAUAAGAAAAAUAUGUUUGUGUUCGUGGUUUGGGUUUUUAGUUAUCAUAAGCUUGUGGCAAAGCCACAGAAAACUUUGCAUGUUCCUUCUAAAGGAUCUGCUGUUCAUGGUGUCGAGGCUCGGCACCGCGAUCGUAAAGCCUUUCUACCCGAGAGCUUCGGGCGGGCGGGCGGGUGGGCGUUCCGGCUUGGAAACGAGGCCUCGCGUGACUCCGGCCUCACUCGUCGUCGGUUUUAAAACCGAGCCUCGGUUUAAGCGUCGAGGGGAUAUGCAAAUUCCAUCGCUGUUUCUCUUUCCUCUUUUUCGAUUCGUUUCUGCACUUCUUUUACGAUUCGCUAUUGUUCGCUCGACGAUAAACACUUUCUUUUCCUUUCCUUCCGUUCGAAAGAUUGCACUAGAUAACCUGCUAUUGAUUAUUGAUAUUUUGUCUGAGAUUUCUUUUCUUUCUUUCUUUCUUUUUUUUUUUUAAAUGAUGUGUUCCUGUUGAGAUAUUUCUGUCCGUCAACCUUAAAGAUGAACGACGAGUAUGAAAAGUAUUGAAAGACAGGAAGAGAGAGAGAUAAAAUAGCUGCUUUAAAAAUGCAAAGAAGACAUUUUUUACACUUAGCGUCAUGUGUCCUGACAGAAGUCAGCCAUGGUGGAUAGAGGAAUGUUACGACCGAGUGUUUUUGAUUUCUUUUCUUUCUUGCUUUUUUCUUUUUUUUAAGUUCGAGCAGCAAUUCGAGCGCCACUCUGAUCAGAGUGCCUUUUCCUUGAACAGGUCAGUAUGGAAUGUUGGAGAAAUUCAGAUUUCAGAGCAGUUGUGCAAUGACGUGGCGGUAUGUCUGAGAUGCCGAUGGUUCAGUGUUAGAGAAGGAGAUUAGUACUGUAUUAUAUUAAUAUAGCGCGCAGGAUUUAUGCACUAGAACAUCACAGUGACUUGCAGGACACGAGUGUUGGCACUUUCGUCGUUGGAGACGUGUAGCGGAGCUGAUGGUGAGCAGGCGUGAAAGCCAACGGACGUUUCCUCUGCUGAUGCAAACGUUCGGCGCGGUCGUGUACUCCCUCGAGUACUCUUCCAUCGUCUGGGUGCGACUUAAAGCUAACAGAUUUGUGUAAAGUGAAACCUCUGUGCACCUUUGUACUGUUUCCUUUCCUCGUACAUAAGGGCUGGAUAACUUCUUCAGGUCAGAAUCUCAAUCUGCAAUUUGGACUUCUUUUUUUUUUUUUUCUUUUUUUUUUUUUUUAAAUGUAUUUAUUUUUUGGUUUUCUCGUCCGUGAUUGUUUCAGUGCACAGUAAUUCUGGAACGGUCCAGACGAGGCAUUCAAAGCGCCUGGGAUAACCGCAGCUGUAAAGGAAAAACCCACCCUGAACGACCUGCACGUGUAUUAAUCCUUAAAGUGCACCUGUUAUGCUUUUUAAGAUAUGACCUUUCAUGUCGUGUGUUAUAGAGCUGUUUGUGAACGUAAAAAAAAAAAAUCUGCAAAGUUCCAAAAAUCAAAGCGCUGGACAAACGGAGUUAUCGACUCGCAAAAGAAGGAAUCGAUUCUGAACAGCUGAAUCGAGUCGUGAGUGAUUCCAGACUUUACUUCCUGUACUAACCUACGUAGGUUUGUACCAAAAAGCCCCGCCUCUGGUCUUCAUCGGCUGCCCGCUGACAGACGGAGCUGAAACACGCUGACAGCGGUAGACCAAUCGCAACAGACUGGGACGUCUGACCAAUCAGAGCAGAGUACGCUCUCUGAAAGGAGGAGUUUAGAACGAAUGCUUUAGAACGGAUCGUUGAACGAGUCGAGUCGUUUGUGACAGGGGCGGAGGGAGUGUUAAAGUGUUUUUUGACCUCGGAUGCGUGUAGAUCUAUCGUAUGAGAGCUUUAAAACAAAAUUAGGCACGUUUCAAAACCAUAACAGGUGCACUUUAAUCAAAUGAAUGCGACCUUCGGUAACAUCCCAGAUGUAUUUUGUAACGAAAUUCCACCACAGUGCCGUUCGACUCCCUGCCGAUCCCGGCGUCGAUGGGAUUUCUCUUCACCUUUACCUAAAGAGAGCGAUGCGGCGGCGCUUUCGUCCAUCAAGUCCGCACACCUCCUCAGCUGCACUGCAUUCUGGGACAUCGAGUCUCGUGGAUUUCGUGUCACCAUGACGCCGGCUAGUAGUGAGCGAGAAAAGACGCUCUUGCUCCUUUGCUUUUCGGAGUUCACGGCGAAACCUGACUGUUCAUCGAAUCUUGUUCUCGUCCCGGUUAUUAAACAGAAUUGGAACCGCGCUAGAAAUAACAACGUCCCCCUGUCCCAGGAAUAACUUUUUAAAUAAAAAAAACCACCGAGUAACAAAUUAGCACCGGAAUCUUUAACCACAUUGCAGAUAUUUCAACCUAAACAUAUUUAACGUGCUUCAGGGUGGAGCUUUUCUUCUAAAGGAUUAUGAUCUGCUUUUACCAUCGCUUCUACAUUCUACCCUUAUUCCAAGUCUCUCGAACCGAUCACAUUUCCCGCAUCUGACUCAACAUCAGACCCCUUAGCCUAUUUGGAUAUAUAUAUAUAUAUAUAUAUAUAUAUUUUUUAAUCCAAUCGACGGAGCGAUCCAGCCUGACUGUGCUAAGCUAACACUGAUCGAUGCUUUUUCGAUCCACCACCAGUAUUUCUUCUCUCAUGUUUGUUUUUUUUUUUGUUGUUUUUUACCCAUUUGAUAUCCUCAAGAAUAAAUACCAGCAGCUAAAAGCAAAAGUAUUUACACGUGAAGAGACGUAGAAACCAAAAAAAAAAACAAACAAACACAGAAACAUCCUCAGUGAGCAGUGCCUGAUCGUUUUCCUGCUUUGUUUUCGAACUCAUCCCCUCAGUCCAUUGUUUGUGAAUGGUUUCGAGAGCCAGAUUUACCCAAGCCUCUUAAUAACACAGCACGACUGGUGCAAUACACACACACACACACACACACAUACACACACAAACACACACACACCAUGACCAGUCUUUAGGAAUGUCUCUUUAUGGUUUUCUUUCUUUCUUUUCGCCAAUGUUUUACGUGUUAGAAAGGGCUGAAGGCUUGUGUAAGCCUGGCCUCGGCGUGGCAGCGAGGCUCCAGUGCCUGCUAGUCGCUUAGUCUCUGUUCAAAGGGGUGAAAGCCAUGCUAACGCUUUGCAGUUAUGCAAUCUUUUUUGAUAAUACUCUGAAUCAACUCUGAAAUGCCAAAACACUCUGGCGCGCUGUCUGUUUCUUGUUUUGUUUUGUUUUUUCGCUAACAGCGUGUCGUCCGGCGAUUAAAAAACCGUAACCGCGACACGUCCGUAUUAACGCAAGACGUUCGGUUCAUCGUUCUCGCGCCCAGGAAUAAGAUUUCUAAUUCUGUUUGACUUUUUUUUUUCUUUUUUCUUCGUAAUGGUAUUCAUCUCCUCUGUGUAAUAGGUUUUCUCAGUUUAUAAAGCAUGCUGUUUCCUCUCUAAGUUGGAGGUUGACGCGACAACAAAGCGGAGGUGAAAUGUUUCUCAGAGAACGUUCUGAUGCAGUGUUAAAUUUUAAGGGUUUUUUUUUUUUUUUCUUCUUCUUGUUUGUUGUUGUUGUUGUUGUUGAUUUUGUUUUUUUCUUUUCUUUUCUUUCCUCUCAUUAUUCUUUGCGAAUAUUACCAUGGUAGUUAUGCAUUAACCGCUUGCUUGCUGCACAGACACACGCUUCACACCAGGAAGGAGCAUGAGGACAUUUAGUUUACACACGACCGGCGUAAUACGACAACACACACACACGUAUAUACACAACGUACAUCGUUUUCUUUUUCUUUUCUUUCUUUUUUUUUUGGAGCUCGGAAAUUUCCGCCGUUUCUUUAUUCGCUAUAUACUUUUAGAACGUUGCAAAAUUGUAAAAGUCGGAAAGCCGGUUAAUCGUGUUUCCGGUUCAUUUUUUUUUUUUUUUUUUAAAUCUUUUUCUCAUUCACAAUAAACACACGUGGAAAAGGAAAAAAAAAAAAAAACAAACUAAAUUUCCCAUGCUUUUGAACUGGUGUGAGGGGAAAUUUACAAAGCUUUGACAAUAUUUCAUUAUAAUUGUAUUCCGCCAUCGCUGUUUGCAAAAAUCGCUCAUGAAUACAGUACUGGAAGUGAUUAUGUUUCUCUAUGCAAAAAAAAAUGAUAAAAAUUAAUAAACAAAGCUAUGCUACAACUCAGACAA